AUGGCCGAUGGGAUAUUUGGGAAGAAAGCCAUAUCCCAGGGCCGUGUCAGAUUGAAGGCUGCCUGGCUGUCGUUCCUGGGUCAAUUUGGGCUCGGAAAGACAUACGUUGGCAUAUCCUACAAAGUGGAUGGCAAACGAAAGUAUUGGUAUACACCGAGUGUCCCGGUUGAGCACCAGGUUCUGCUGAAAAAAGCGCGCACUUCUACCGGCGGCUACGAGAUCUCAUUCAAUACCCAUAAAGGCCCCUUUCACUACACAUCGACGGAAGAGAAUAUGAUUGCAACCUACCUGGUGGUCCGCGACCCGGCCAUUGUUGGGGUGAAGCACCAUCGCGCCGGGAAACAGCCGAUUUCUAUGAUGUUGACCCGCGGCAAGGACACGCCACGCCCGCCUGUAGAACAUGUUCUGAAGAGAAUCCGCGACUGGGAAAGCGUCAAGGCACAGCCAUUUAAAGCCCCUUUAAGACGCGAAUUCAGUGUUGGCCCCGGCAACAACUACUGGACCAUCGAUCAAACGUGGCGAAGGAAGCGCAUCAAUCAAAACCAGGUUAAGCUGAAAGCUGACUGGCUCUCGUUCAAAGGCAAAUUCGGGGUUGGCGAAACCAAAGUUGGUAUUGCAUGGAAUGUUCCGGGCGGUGCUCAGGGGCGCGAAAGACGUUGCUGGUUCUCGGAAAACACGCCGCUUGCCGUGCAAAUCAAGUUCCAAAGCGACCUGGACAAGAUGGAGCAAGAGGAAAAAGAUCCGAAUCGCCGCCGUUUGCGAUAUGAGACCGAUCGCGAGCAAGCAGAUGAUGAGCAUCUUCAAAUUUUUACGCUCGAUCAGCAA